GACACGGCCCGUCUCUUGGUCCCGUCGUCCCUUGUUUGCCCGGUCGCCGCACUCGUCCCCGCAGCGCCGUCGUCCUCCGCCCUCCCCUCCGCACCGCCGCCACUCCGUCAGGCGUCGGUAGUGACUGAGGUGUCCUGAAGCUGAAUCGGACCUCCGCCUCCGGCACCUGGCGAGACAUGGCGGCGGCGGAGGCGAAGGAGGUGGACAUGAAGAAGAUGGAGCUUAUGAAGGAGGUAAGAGCGCACCAAGUGGCGAUUGGGGAGCUCAACAACCUGCCUCCAUCCAGGGCCGCGUACCAGAAGACCUGCAACAUCUUCUUCCGCAAGGACAUCAAAUCCGCCGUGGCGUCCCAACAGAAGCAACUUGAUACUGCUAAGGCGAAGCUGCAGAAGCUGGAUCAGGCAUGAAGGUUCACCACAACAAAUUUGAAACUGUGACUUGUGCUACUUCAUUCAUCCACCUCUGCGGAUCAAUCCUCUCUAAUCAAGUGUCUUAGGAGUACCAGACAACGUGCAACUUAUAUAUAUAUAUAUAGCUUUCUGUGUAAUAAUGGUGUUGUUACAAGCUGGUUGCUAGUUUAUGAGUGCGAGGCGAAUCAUUUCUUUAUGAACAUGGAGAAUGGAUAUGAGACUAUAGUGCCAUCUUGCUGUGCUUUGACAAUUGCUCUGUUAUCAAAGUGGUCAGGUGGAUUACUAAA